UAGCCGAGGGGGCGGGGCCCCGAGGGCGGCGUUGGCGGAGGCUGGAGCGGCGGCCCCGGUGGCUGGACUGGGGACAGCUGCUAUAGCCCGGAGCCCCAUGGUUCGGAGCCGCGGCCAGGCCGCAGGAGAAGCUCGAUCCCCGGGUCAGCCCGGCUGACCGUGCGGGCCCGCGCAGCCCGGAGCCGCCGGCGCCCGUCGGGUCCCGCCGGGGGGCGCGGGCCGGUCCGCCAUGGGGUCCCUGUUCCGGAGCGAGACCAUGUGCCUGGCGCAACUCUUUCUGCAGUCCGGCACGGCCUACGAGUGCCUCAGCGUCCUGGGCGAGAAGGGCCUGGUCGAGUUCCGAGACCUCAACCAGAAUGUAAGUUCUUUCCAAAGAAAAUUUGUUGGUGAGGUGAAGCGAUGUGAAGAACUGGAGCGAAUAUUGGCAUACUUGGUGCAGGAAAUCAAUAGAGCGGAUAUUCCCCUCCCUGAGGGGGACACCAGUCCUCCGGCACCACCUCUGAAACAAGUGCUGGAAAUGCAGGAGCAGUUGCAGAAGCUGGAGGUUGAGCUGAGAGAGGUCACUAAGAACAAGGAGAAGCUGAGGAAGAACCUGCUGGAGCUAAUUGAGUACACCCACAUGCUGCGAGUGACCAAGACCUUCGUCAAGCGCAACGUGGAGUUCGAACCCACUUACGAAGAAUUCCCUCCCUUGGAGAACGAGUCUUUGUUGGACUACAGCUGCAUGCAGAGGCUGGGAGCGAAACUGGGAUUUGUAUCUGGCCUAAUUAACCAAGGAAAAGUUGAAGCAUUUGAAAAAAUGUUGUGGAGGGUCUGCAAAGGGUACACCAUCGUGACCUAUGCAGAGCUGGAUGAGCCCCUAGAAGACCCUGAAACCGGAGAAGUCAUAAAAUGGUAUGUGUUUUUGAUAUCCUUUUGGGGAGAGCAGAUUGGCCACAAGGUUAAGAAGAUAUGUGAUUGUUACCACUGCCACGUUUACCCCUACCCGAACACAGCCGAGGAGCGCAGAGAGAUCCAGGAGGGACUGAAUACCCGGAUUCAAGAUCUUUACACCGUGCUUCACAAGACCGAGGACUAUUUAAGGCAAGUGCUGUGUAAAGCCGCCGAGUCAGUCUACAGCCGCGUGAUCCAGGUGAAGAAGAUGAAAGCCAUUUACCACAUGCUGAACAUGUGCAGCUUCGACGUGACCAACAAGUGCCUCAUCGCUGAGGUCUGGUGUCCUGAGGCUGAUUUGCAUGAGCUGCGAAGGGCGCUGGAGGAGGGCUCGAGAGAGAGCGGUGGUACGAUCCCCUCAUUCAUGAACACAAUCCCAACAAAAGAAACUCCCCCAACUCUGAUCCGUACCAACAAAUUCACCGAGGGGUUUCAGAACAUCGUGGAUGCCUACGGGGUCGGGAGCUACCAAGAGGUGAACCCAGCUCUCUUCACCAUCAUCACUUUCCCCUUUUUAUUUGCCGUGAUGUUUGGAGACUUUGGACAUGGUUUUGUGAUGUUCUUAUUUGCCCUCCUGUUGGUGUUAAACGAAAAUCAUCCCAGACUAAAUCAGUCACAAGAGAUCAUGCGGAUGUUCUUCAAUGGUCGCUAUAUCCUCCUGCUGAUGGGGCUGUUCUCAGUGUACACGGGCCUCAUCUACAACGACUGCUUUUCCAAGUCAGUCAACCUCUUCGGCUCCAGGUGGAACGUGUCUGCCAUGUACAGCUCCAGUCACAGCCCAGAGGAGCAGAGGAAGAUGGUGCUUUGGAACGACAGCGUCGUCAGGCACCACAGCGUGCUGCAGUUGGAUCCCAGUGUGCCCGGGGUGUUCCGCGGCCCUUACCCUUUCGGCAUUGAUCCCAUUUGGAACUUGGCCACCAAUCGUCUCACUUUUCUAAACUCUUUCAAAAUGAAGAUGUCUGUGAUUUUAGGGAUUACUCACAUGACUUUUGGAGUCAUUCUGGGAAUAUUUAACCACUUGCAUUUCAGGAAGAAGUUCAAUAUUUGUCUGGUUUCCAUACCAGAACUGCUCUUCAUGCUCUGCAUCUUUGGAUACCUUAUAUUUAUGAUCAUCUAUAAGUGGCUGGUUUAUUCAGCUGAAACCUCCAGAACUGCUCCUAGCAUUCUGAUUGAAUUUAUUAGCAUGUUUUUGUUCCUGGCUAGUGACACAGGUGGUCUUUACCCAGGGCAGGAGCAUGUCCAGAGGCUGCUGCUGCUCAUCACCGUGUUGUCAGUCCCCGUGCUUUUCUUGGGAAAACCACUCUUUCUGCUGUGGCUGCACAGGGGGCACAAUUGUUUUGGGGUCAGCAGGAGUGGCUACACACUUGUAAGGAAAGAUAGCGAGGAAGAAGUUUCUUUGCUGGGAGGCCAAGACAUAGAAGAGGGGAACAACCAAAUGGAAGAUGGAUGUAGAGAAGUGACGUGUGAAGAGUUUGAUUUUGGAGAAAUAUUAAUGACCCAAAUAAUCCAUUCCAUCGAGUACUGUCUGGGAUGCAUCUCUAACACUGCUUCGUACCUGAGGCUCUGGGCACUCAGUUUGGCUCACGCACAGCUGUCUGAGGUCCUGUGGGCCAUGCUGAUGCACGUCGGCCUCCGGGUAGACACAGCCUACGGGGUCUUGGUGCUGCUCCCAGUGAUCGCUUUCUUUGCAGUAUUGACGAUUUUCAUCCUUUUGAUCAUGGAAGGGCUUUCUGCAUUUCUUCACGCCAUCCGCCUCCACUGGGUAGAAUUUCAGAACAAAUUCUACGUUGGUGCAGGCACCAAAUUUGUUCCUUUUUCAUUCAGAUUACUUUCUUCGAAGUUCAGUGAUGACCUGGCGUGAUCAUAUUGAAGUAUCCAACAAGCUUUCAGAUUUAUGGAGAAUUAUCAUGUUGUAGAAUUCCUUAUGUUAAAUUGAUGAUAGGAAAAAUUCCAACUUCAUUAAUUGCCUUAUGAGACAGCCAAAUCUAUAAGAUAUACCUCUUCCUCAUAUGUUAAGUAUUUUGUAAACUUUCUCAAUUUCAGAUAUAUAAAUUUCUUUCCAUUUUUAUGAUGAGCAAAUGUAAGUUCAUGCAAAAGUUAUGGUUGUUUUAAAAAUACAGGCGUGGGAGAGAGAAGCCAAUUUUGAAUGGUGAAUUGAACAUAGUCUUAGAUAUUUGAUUCCUUUUCAUUUUAUUAAAAAAAAAAAAAAAAAAAGCCAGAGUUAUUCUGUCACCUGAAGUUGUCAGAUAAUAUUUUCCAACAGCUGAAGCUAAGUAGUUUUAAAAAAAUUUAAUGAUGGAUAAUUAGAAGGUUCCCAUUUAUUAUAUUUUGCUUAAUUAAAAGUAUGCAAACUUUCUCAUUGUAUGCUAUCUAGAAUUACAAGUAGAAUUAUUUGUAUAGUUUUGUCUUGUUUUAAUAAUUGGAGAAAAUGGGAUAAAAUAACAUGCAACACAAUGGUUAUCCCACUUGUAUAUUUUUUUAAAGACUUUUAUCCUGUUAUCCUUACAUAAAACCAAUUAUGAUAAUUGUAUAUUUGAGAAGAUAAACUGUGUACUGAGCCUUAAAAUCCAGUGUGACUUUAGAAGACAUAAUAUGGAUAUGAUUUGAAUUUAAUUGGCUGAUGUUCCUGAACCAAAAAGGGUUUAUACUGAGUGAAGAAGGAAAGGUGAAAAGUAGUAUUUUGUAUAUUUUUAUAAUAAAAUAUAAAUUAAGAUAUUUUACCAUGAAGAGGUUGCACCUGUCCUUGAGAACAGUAUAAUUAUAAUGUUCCACUUUCAGACUAAUUCUAAACAAAUGUCUGAUAAAGGCACUUAGAGUUAAACUUUUUACUACUAAGAUCAGUGGAAAACCAAUUCUUACUAAGCCAUUGUGUAUAAUCUUCAGUUUAAAUUCAUCUUUUCACUUGACAUUUGAGUCAGUCCAGUUGAACAUUUUGAUCUGUCCUGUAUUUUUAUGUUAUGUUCAUUUUUCAUAUUUUACUGUAACGGGUUUUAGAUAUUUAUUUUCAAAAAGAAACCUGCAGUGUUUUCCCUUUCUUAACAUUUUGAGUAAUUCACAUGAAGAGACCUGCUUGUCUCCUUCACCCUUGCUGCUAGGAGAGAGUUUGGGACUUUCAUUACAAGCUAAGAUCAUGGUGGCCCUGAAUUUAAGUGUAUCUUUUCAGGUGAUUUCAAGGCCUGUUUGCUGAGGGGCAUGAACCGAACAUCAUGACGUAACUGUGACUCUAACAUUAAACCUUUUUAAUUGUAGUCAAGAUGCCAUGCUACUCCUCCAUGAGAUGUUGUCCCUUAUCUUAAAAUAUCAAACAAAAUGAUGCUGAUGAAACUUAAAAAUGAUUCUUCUCUCAAUGUUAAGUUUCCCCAGAAAGAUAUAAGGUUGGACACUUCUGGUGGGUGAAUACAAAAUGUGGUUAAUGCCUUGCAGGCUCGGACUUGUCCCUCACAGGUUCUUAUUUUUAUUAUUUUACUCCAAGGGUUUAUUGUAAUAAGAUAACUAAUUCAUUUUUAGGAAACCAACAAUUUCAGGGCACUGUUAACUGACUAGUAAACAGGAAACCUACAGGAUCUGCCAGAAUUCUUUUCCACCCCCCACUGGCAGUUGUCAGGGGGACCACUUUACCUUUAUCAGGGCAUAGAACAGAGUGAAGAGUCACUUUUCAGUUGAAACCUAUGUAGUAGUUCUGUAGAAUGUAAUGGUAUUAUUAAACACAAAUUGUUAGUUCUAAUUUUUGUGAAAGAACUCUCAAGAAUUAAGAGUUUGAUGACAUCUUGUAGGCUUCAGGGUAAAUUUUCUUUCUUUAUAUAGUUACUGGUUCUAUCAUGUUACUAGAGCUGUUGCUCUGUUUUGUUUGCAAGUGAUUUGGUAGAAGUAUUAUGUAUACGGUUGUUAAGAUGUAACUUCGUUCCUGUGAUAGCAAACUUCCAGAGGAAAAACAGUCAAUUGUCUGGAUGAUGCCAAGUAUCUGUUUAUUUCGCUAACUCGAAAUGUCACUACUGCCACAUUCUCCACUUUCCAUUCAGCUGUUCAUUGUAAAAUAAAAAUCCAAGGGAUUUCUUCAGUAAAAUAGAGGUUGAUUUUGCCCUGCAAGGAUGAAGAGGGUCCUUGCAGUGGUGUGAUUGUGCUGAAUCAAGAAGUGCAAAGAGGGUUUGUUGGAGGUCAUGCUGAGCCUUGGACUGGCCAUUCAUCAUGAGUAGGACUUUGAGGGGACUCACCUUUCACUGAAAGCUCCUCAGUCCUCAUUUAUGGAAUGAGUAUUUUAUAACAACACUCUGAUCUCAGUUUUCAUUCUGCAGUAGUUUAAUAAGGCAUAGAUUGUGUAUAGCAUUAAGUAACUUUUAUGUCUACGAAUUAAAAAUUCAGACACUUUCGGGCCUGAUUCAUUUUGGAAAAGAAAUAACAACAUCAGCUGUUCCUCAGCCUGCAUUUACAAACAACCUUAUUAAAUUUAAAGCCAGGUUUGCUUGCAUGCCAUCUGGUGUAUCUUCAGCAAGAAAUCUUACUUCAAGAUGAUGAAAAUAAGACAGUUUGGAGUGAAAAUUUUUCAACACCCAGGCUGAACUUUGGUUUAGAAUUUUAAUACUUAGAACAUUCCACUUGUUCCUUGAUGGGAAAAUCCAGUAAGAAGGCUGGAUUCAGCCCAAUUCUGAAUCUAGGGGCUCAAUUCUGUGAGGGGAAAGGACUGAACAAGUUAAAAGAUCCACAAAUGCAUGAAAGGACACAUUUGCAUCUUCCUGUCAGUAUUCAGCUUCCCUUUACUAAUGAAAAAUAAAUAUAUCUAUUUUUGA